CCCCCCCUCCCUCACCCCCCCCCCCCCCCCCCAAACCCAAAUCUCCUCCCCGGCUUCUCCCCUUCCCCAGCCCCGGCCCCCGCCGCGGCUCCGGAGCUGUCAGCGCGCAGCCAGCGCCGCGGCCCCACCGAGCCGCCACCGCGGGGCGGAGCAGCCAGGGCACUAGACUCUGCCGUGUGGGCAGCAGCACCUCUGUGUUGGAUUGUCACCGAAAAAUCCAAGUUCAGAAGCACAACUGUGAAAACUUGACCUGUACAGGUUGUAAGGGAAGAACUUCACAUCAUCCUGUUGAAGGAGAUGACAAGCUGAUUAAAUCCAUGGACCAAAAUAUACUCAGAGUUUAAAGCGUGGAAGCAGAAACUGGGGUUUUCCUGAAGGGGACGACUACUGGACUCCACAGGCUCAUCCUGACUUGGGAUUUGAUGAUCAACCAGAGAGAACCAGAAUAUUCUCUCUAGCUUUUACCCAGGACAGAAAAAUCACCUCCAGCAAGCAUAAAGCUAUUAAAGUUGCCUGGGUCAUACCAGUGGUGAAUUCUGCCUCUUUCUUUUCAAAAAAGAUUUGCAACUCCUGUUCUGCUGGCAGCGACGUGCUUGCAGUAUAUUCCCUGACUCCCGGAUACGCUGAACGAGCUCUGGAGCACCGGCAGCGCUUGGGAACCAGGCUGAUACAAUGAUGACACUGAAGGUUCAGAUCCUGUUUGGCUUCCUUUGCUGCAUGAUUUUUCUGCCUACAGAUGGCUUCACAGCAGACACCAGUACUGAAUUUCGCUCUGCUUUCUCUGUGGCCAGAACCAGCAGCAUGGAAGGGAGCUCUGAGAUGGUCAUUACCUUUGACAAAGUGUAUGUGAACAUUGGCAAUGACUUUGAUCCCAAAACUGGAUUGUUCCGCUGUCGGAUUCCUGGAGCCUACUACUUCUCCUUCACUGUGGGGAAAUACCCAAAGAAAAACUUGUCUGUCAUGCUGAUGAGAAACAAGAAUGAAGUGCAAGUGAUUGUGUAUGAUGAACAUCACCGCAAGGAACGGAAGGUAGCCAGCCAGAGUGCCAUGCUGCAGCUUGACUACGGUGACACGGUUUGGCUGCGUCUACAUGGAGAUCCCAAGUAUGCUCUUUACAGCAAUGUGGGCCCCUACACGACUUUCAAUGGCUACCUAAUCUAUCCAGACACUUCUGCCUUCUUCCAGAAUGCUCUUAGCUCCCAAGAGCUGGGGCCACACCAUCACGCUGUUCAGCAGCUUCCCGGAGAGCAGAAUGAAGCUUCACAGCGACACAUGUUAUCUGAUCAACCAAACAGGGAACAAGACCCUCGCUCUGCAUUUUCUGUGGCCCGCUCACAGAGUCUCCUGGGGACAGAUGACAAGCAAACCCAGCAUGAGCCAAUCACAUUUGACACAGAGUUUGUGAACAUUGGAAAAGAUUUCAAUUCCUCCACUGGUGUCUUCUCAUGCCGUAUACCUGGUGCAUACUAUUUCUCCUUCACCAUUGGCAAAAUGCCCUUUAAGACUAUGUCAGUGAAACUUAUGAAGAACCACAAUGAGGUGCAGGCCAUGAUCUACGAUGACAACCACUCCAAGAGGCGGGAGAUGCAGAGCCAGAGUAUCAUGCUGCCUCUGCAAACAGGGGACACCGUUUGGCUCUACAGCCAUCAGCACGAUGGUUACGGUGCCUACAGCAACCAUGGCAAGUACAUCACCUUCACGGGCUUCCUGAUCUAUUCAGAGGCUCAGCCAAAGCGGCUUCCAGGUGCCAGCUCACCCCAAGGGUCAAAUAAUUAAAUGCAGAUGUGGAAGGAGCACAAGAAAAGCCGAGGUGCCAUGAACUUGGGUACAGCUCCUCUUUGAGUAUCAUCCUCUACUUUGAGCAUGCUCUCACAUGUCCAGUGCUCUCCUUACACUGCACGCUUGUGCCCCAUCUGCAGGGCCACUGCUGUGUCUCCCAUUCAUCCGUACAAAGGUCUUUAUAGGUCGUAUGUGUGUGUCCUGUGUUGGUGUUUGAUUUAAGCAUAAAGCAUGGGGUUGUUGUGGGGCAGGGGUGGGGCAGGGUAGUGAGACGCUGAGGAUCAGAGAACCACAGCAGUAAUGUGGCUGCAGAUCCCCAGCAUCCAGAAGGCAAAGGAGGUGGUGACUUUCCUUGCAUAUCUGGGGAGGGAAUAAAUGUAAUGGAAAUGAAUGUAUUAAAAAUACAAAAGAUGUAAAAUUU